AUGAUGGACAGUAGGAUGCUGGAGCACCCUCGAGCCCAGUACGGCAUGGUCGGCGUCGGAUUUCCUUACCACCUCGGCCACCAUCGUCACAUCUACGAGCUCUCGGGACACCAGGUGCAGCCCUUGGCUGCUGCACCCUUUUCCAUUGACGGAUUACUGAACGGGUCCUGCUCGGCCUCUGUGGUCAGCCCGAGUCCCCUGAUCGCUGCCAGCUGCGGCAUUAACGGGGAUGUUCAACCGUACAAACUUGGCGACGGUGGGGAUCUGGAUAAAGAGAGUCCUGGCUGUAAACGGAGAAGAACCCGCACAAACUUUACCGGGUGGCAACUGGAAGAGCUCGAAAAGGCGUUUAACGAAAGCCAUUAUCCAGAUGUGUUUAUGCGCGAGGCCCUCGCGCUCCGUCUGGACCUCGUUGAGUCACGUGUGCAGGUCUGGUUUCAAAAUCGCCGGGCAAAAUGGAGAAAGAAGGAGAACACAAAGAAAGGACCCGGCCGACCGGCUCACAACUCUCAUCCCACGACGUGUAGCGGGGAGCCGAUGGACCCUGAGGAAAUCGCUCGGAGAGAGCUGCUGCGCCUCGAGAAAAAGAAAAGGAAACAGGAACGGAGGUUGUUGAAGUCCCAGAACAAGCUGUUAAAUUCGGACUUGCUUCACACGCCCGGUUCGGACAGCGAUGUCUCGCAGAGCACCGACAACGAAUUCACCCAAAGCAGCGAUCCCACGAGCAACGCACACCAAACCGAACGCGACACGUACGAAGAAACCGGCCGGCAACGCGAGUUGGCAGAAUCAGCUGACAAUCACCCACCAAACCCGAUUUUGUGCCCUGGCGGAGAUACCUUGCAGGCCUUACGGCCUUCCGCCCUGCACAAGCUCAACCCUUUUAGUGUUGAAAGUUUGCUGGCUGAUCCCAGUCCUAAACGGAAACCGGAUUUCCCUCAGAGACCUGUGCUCGGUAAAGGUCACUUCUUGUUGUAUCCCAUCACGCAGCCUUUGGGUUUCAUUGUCCCGCAGACGGCAACGAAAGUGAGCGACUCUAGUCACAGGUGUACCUGUCUGACGUCAGAAAACUCGUCAGGAUUUGACGUAAAAAGCAACAAUCACGCGUGCUGCAGUAAUGACGCCAACACUUUUGCUCCUGAAAAUAAGGGUCUGAAAAACUGUUUGAUAAAAAACUGCUCGGCCAAGGAAAGUGCAGGGAAUUUUGCUGAGGUUCAUUUUGUACACAAUGGUGGGUCGGACAGAACAAAUAGCACGUCAGAUAAAGAAACCGUGUCGGACUCCUCUGACAACACAUUAACACACAAGUAUUCUGACAGAAAUAUAAAAGAAGACGUGGACAUAGACUGA